GGUUCAAUUUCUUUCUGUCUGUCACAUUCAGCUCAACUGAUUCAACCAUAUAUUUGUUUCUUAUAGGGCAUUUUGGCUAAUAAGAUAAAAUAAAGUGCAAUUAACUGAAAAUACAAGCUAAACUUAUUUAGCGUAACUACGAAUUUUGUAUAGUAAAGUAAAAAUAGAAAUAUUCAAAGUGAAAUGUCGGAAAUUGAAGCAGUCCAAAUUAUCGCGGAGUCCCUAAAAGAGCAGGGUGUGGAGUAUGUUUUCGGUAUCAUAGGAAUACCUGUUAUCGAGCUGUCAAUGGCUUUUCAAGCGGCUGGCCUCAAGUAUAUUGGCAUGCGUAACGAGCAGUCGGCGUGCUAUGCCGCUCAAGCAAUUGGUUAUUUAACUGGUAAACCUGCCGUGUGCCUUGUAGUUUCGGGGCCGGGAUUGCUCCAUGUUACCGGGGGCAUGGCAAACGCGCAAGUGAAUUGUUGGCCGUUACUGGUGAUCGCUGGUUCUACAAGCCAGGAUCACGAAGGUAUUGGCGGUUUUCAAGAAUAUCCCCAAGUUGAAAUUUCACGUCCAUACUGCAAGUAUGCUGCACGUCCGCCUACCGCUUCGCUCAUUCCACUUCACGUUGAGAAGGCUGUACGUUAUGCGACGUACGGACGACCAGGCGUUUCUUAUCUUGACUUCCCUGGAAACAUACUACAAUCACGUGUACAGGAGGAUAAGAUCUACAAGACAUUGCCACUUUCUGCUCCACCCUUAGUAUAUCCGGCUCAUGACGAUGUUAUACGCGCUGCCAAUUUGUUGCGCUCUGCAAAACGGCCAUUAGUUAUAAUCGGAAAAGGAGCCGCCUACGCUCACGCAGAGAAUAUAUUGCGCCAUUUUAUUGAGAACACCAACUUGCCUUUCCUGCCAACGCCGAUGGGCAAAGGUGUUGUGUCGGAUGCUGCGCCACAGUGUGUCUCGUCUGCACGUUCUUUGGUAUUGCAGCAAGCCGAUGUUGUUUUACUGCUGGGCGCACGACUGAACUGGAUUUUGCAUUUUGGAAAACCGCCACGUUACAGUGCUGAUGCCAAAUUUAUUCAGGUCGACAUUUGUCCUGAAGAGCUACAUAACUCCGUUCAAGCAUCUAUUGCCAUACAAUCGGACAUUAAACCAUUUGCAGAGCAACUUUUUGAACAAAUGAAUGCAGUGAAUUUCGAAAUUCAGAGCGAAAAUCCUUGGUGGGUGGAUCUCGCCAACAAAUGCAAGAGUAACCGUGAACAAGUGCGCAGCAUGGCAUUGGAUACUGCCGCACCACUAAAUUAUUACACAGUGUUUCACCAUCUGCGUGAAUUAAUACCACGCGAUGCGAUAAUUGUUAGUGAGGGAGCCAACACCAUGGAUAUUGGACGUUCAAUGCUUUUUAAUAUUUUGCCACGUCACCGCUUAGAUGCUGGCACUUUUGGUACCAUGGGCGUUGGACCGGGCUUUGCUAUUGCGGCAGCACUUUACUGUCGCGAUCGUUUCCCUGGCAAACGUGUAAUAUGUGUGGAAGGUGACAGCGCUUUUGGGUUUUCUGGAAUGGAGUUAGAGACAAUGGUGCGCUAUAAGCUUCCUAUUACUAUUGUCAUUGUAAAUAACAAUGGUAUCUAUGGUGGUUUCGAUCAGGAAACUUUCGAUGCCAUUCGAAAUUCUGGCGAUUUGUCACAAGUAACACCACCCUCAGCGUUGGGCGUGCAGGUGCGCUAUGAAGAAAUGAUGAAAAUGUUCGGGUUAAAUGGCCACUUCUGCAAGGAGAUACCGGAAUUACAGGCUGCUCUAAGAGAUGCACAAAAACUUACGGACAAACCAACAAUCAUCAAUGUGGCGAUAAGUCCGUCAUCAGAUCGCAAGCCACAGACGUUCAACUGGUUAACAGAAUCAAAAUUGUAGAUAUGUAAAAGCUGCAUUUGUGCAACUGAAUUGCAGCUAAUCGCUCUAUGUGACUAUAUAGUGAGCAAUUGCUUUCAUUCAGAUAUACAUAUAUAUAUUUAAUAUUUAGGAGCAUUGUUACAAAAGCAGUAUUCUUCUUUUUACUGUGAAAUUGCAUUUUUGUAUUCUGUGUGUUAAAAGUAACACUUAAUUCUACAACCGUUAUUACUGCGGAGUAACAAUGCUCAAGUAUUGUAUUUUAUAUCACUUAAAUUCUUAUUUUCUAACAUUCCAAAUGCUUUGAAACUUGCGCAUAUCAACUGCCAAGCAAUGACUCUUACGAUCUUACAGCGGCCAGAGUUUAAAAAGUGUCAUUCUGAAAAUUUCGUAUUUCAUACGUUUUACGCGUUAGGGGCAUUGCUUGGUUUUCGAUAUAAUGUAAAUGUAUUUAUGCAUCCUUUAAAAUGUGUUUAAAAAAAUAUUAACGCUUCUAAAUUAUUUAGCAAAAUUUUUAAUAGCGCAUUAUUGAUAUGUGAACACAAUAUGGAGUGAUAGGUUUCUAAUACAGGGCUAUUAUUUUCAUUUACAAAGUAAUUUUACUCUAAAAAGAGGUUUUUGGUAAUGUAAGUGCGAUAGAAAAUUAAAUCUUAUAUAAAUUA